AUGCCCAUCCGCGCCUUCUGCACUAUCUGCUCCGACUUCUUCGACAAUGAGCGGGACGUGGCGGCCGUGCCGUGCGGGCACACCUUCCACCAGGCCUGCCUCCUCCAGUGGUUUGACACUGCACCAAGCCGGACGUGCCCACAGUGCAGAAACCAGGUCAGCAAAAGACACAUCAUCAAUAAGCUGUUUUUUGAUGUUACCCUGGAGGAGCAAGCAGCGCCGGAUGCUGAGAGCUUGCAGAAUGAACUGGACAAGGUGAAGGCCCAGCUCUCCUUGAAAGAGAAAGAAAAGCGGGAAUGCCAGACUGUUGUGGACAAGCUGAGGGACACUCUGGAUGUGCGCAAUGCCACGAUAGAAUCGCUCCAGAAGAUGCUGGGAGAGACAGAGAUGCUGUGCUCUUCUCUCAAGAAGCAGAUGAAAUUCCUGGAGCAGCAGCAGGAGGACAACAGAAGUUCAAAGGAGGAGGCCCACCGGCUGCGAAACAAGCUGAGAUCCAUGGAGCGGAUCGAGCUGUUGCUUCAGAGCCAGCGCCCAGAAGUGGAGGAGAUGAUCAGAGAUAUGGGAGUCGGGCAGGCAGCAGUGGAGCAGCUUGCAACCUACUGUGUCUCCCUCAAAAAGGAAUAUGAGAACUUGAAGGAGGCUCGGAAGAUCUCUGGUGAGAUGACAGAGAAGCUGAAGAAGGAGCUGUUUUCUGUCAAUAAUAAGCUGCAGAAAACGACUUCAGAGUUGGAGAAGACAAAGGAGGAAUUAAAAAGCACACAGAAAGAUCUGAAGAGUGCAGACAAGGAGAUCUUGAGUUUGAAGAAGAAGAUAGAUAUCCUGCAGGAUACUCUGAAGGUCCCAUCUGUAACCAGGGAAACACUCAGUCGGCUAGUCUUUGAAAGCCCUGCUCCUCUGGAACUGCAGCAUCCAAAGCUCCACUGCCCGGCCCACAGCGAUGAGAUCAAUCUAGAUGCUACUUACAAUGUGGACACCCCUGAACAGCAGCCCUGUGCAGCUCCCCUCGGCCCUGCAAAAAGGCAAAAGCUGGAUAAAAAGCCGCCUCCUGUGGUAAAUCUGGUGAAGAAAGUUCUGAAGGAAACAGUGGAGAAUGGGGCAGAUGAUCUGGAAGAUGAUGCUCUUAAAGGACUCUUGCCAGCAUUCAUCAGGAACUCUGUUUUCUCCAGAAAGUCACCUUCAGGUGGUUUGCUGGGUUCCCACAGGAACAUGGGCUCUGUGAGGAUGGGCUACGAUGGCAUGGGAGGCAGGACAAAGUUCAUAGAGCCAACAAACCUGGCAGAAAUCCGUCCAUUAUCAGUUAGGAGCAAGAAGAAGGUCUCCAGACCAGCAUCUGCAACUCCUCCUGCAUUUGCUUCCCGCAGCAGCCAGAGCUCUGCAGUUGCUGCUGCUUUGGGCUCUCUGGCACCAGGUGGAACUGCACUUCUCAGAUGCAGCCACAAGCAGGAGGUGCAGGAAGGGUGUCUGGGAUGUCAGUCCGAGAGCAGCAGGGAGAAGGGACCUGGACCAGCUCCAUGCCUGGUGUAAAUAGUUCCAAGAAAGUUUACUGGAAGAAGUGUGUAGAGCAAUCUGUGUGCCUGCCAAGUGUCUGUAUAUUCAUUAUAAAAUUAAACAACUUCCCUCAACCACCAGUCUCUUGGGGCUGGGGAGAUCCACAGGUGGAUUUGGGAGCUGUGUUGCCCUGCCCUGUUUUGGGCCAUGAAGUCCAGAGUGGUCUUGCAGGCUUGGCUCUGAAACUCCUGACUUGGAAGGGAAGUAUUGGGGUGACCCCCUGCUGCACUUGAAAGAAGAGGUAGAUGUGCUGGUGUGAAAUUUGUUUAUUUGUA